ACUAAGAGACCAAAACAAAUGGGGUAAACUAUAAUGGCGUUUUUGUGGCGAGAGGUGAGAAGAGUGAGCAAAUUAAACCCUUUUAAAUAUUUCAAUGCUGAAGCAGAAGAUGUAUCACGGAAGAAACAUAUUGAAGGAAAUGCAUUGGCCAAUUUUUUAAGUCCAUUUGAAUCGUAUGUAGUUUUACUACAAAGCCUUCUUAUAUGGGAACGACCGUAUUACAGUGCAGCGGCAUUAAUUUCUGUCAACUGCGUAUUUUGGUUGAUUGUCUCUUAUAGUGCAUGUUUCUACUCACUGUUGGCUCUUGCUACAUUGUCAGCAUUUCUGUAUAAAACUUGGGUAAAUUGGAUCUGGCCUGAGAUAAGGGUGACACCUAGUGAAGACAAAGAUAUGGAGGAAUGGACACCUGUCCACCCACAAGUAUAUAGUGUUCCUGAACUCUCUCGAUAUCUUUCUGAAUGGUGGUCAUCAUGUGAAGUAUGGCUUCGCUGGUACUGGCAGCUAAGACAGGAUUAUCCUGGAGUGUUCUGUAUCCUGACUUGUAGCUUAUUGGGUUGUCUAGCCCUGAUUGGUCACAUCUUUCCAGGAGUUGUCAUUUCGUAUGCAGUAUUGAUGACCAUCUGUCUCGCACCUGGUGUCAUGCUGUAUGUAAUUCCCUUGUCUUGGCACGAAAAAGCAAAAGAAUUAAUUACCAUAGUAACCAGUAAAGUUCAAAAGAUCCAACAUUCAGCUGAGAUAGGUGAUGAGUCUGUUUCGAGGACAGUAGACACCGACAGUGACAUGGAAGAUUCUCUACCACAGACUUCAGAGGAAAGUCUCACUAAAGAAUUAAGCUUCACAGGAGAUAUAGAUUCAGUUGAUGGUAAAAAAAUGCAUGGAUCUCGGACAGGGGCGGACACAUUACCCUUGCCUUGUGAUUCACUUACAGGGUCACUAAUUUCAGAAGAAGAAGACACUUCCCUAUACCAUGGCCUGGAUUCUUUUCCUGAUGUUCAAGAAGAAAGUGGAGAUGAAUUACAAGCAAAUUUAGCUGUUGAACCUCAGAAAAACAAUACAACCACCUCUGCAGGAAAUAAUGGAAACACAAUUCAUUUUCACCCCUCUUAUUUUAAAGAAGAAAGCUCAGAAUCAGAGAAUGAAGAGGAAGUUUUUUUUAACGAAGAGCUUGCUUUUUCUGGCUCCAUGGAAUCUAGUGAAAACUUGCCUGAGGAGCUGGCAGUCAGCUCCAUCUCAGACUCUAAUAAAAGUUCACAGCUUACUGAGUGUGAACUUGAAGCCAGUAUUCAAGAAGAAAUCUCCAGCGAAUUGAAUUUCAGUCACCAACGCAAUAGUGAUUCAUCCACACCGCAUUUAGAUGCACCACUCCUGCAGAGAGAGCAGUCACAGUCCAGCGAUAUUGAUAUUAAUGAAUAUGAAAUUGUUUCUGAAUCAGAAAUUGGCUCUUGAUCAAGAUAUAAGCAUUUCUUGGAAUUCUACUUACUUAUGAGUGUCUUGUUUAAAAAUAAAUAAAUUAAAAUUGUAGCAUAAUGGAAUUAUUUCCUUUUAGGCUUAUUUGGAUUUGCCCACUCUCAUGGUGAUAAAUGUUAUUUGGUAUUUUGUCAAAUGAUGAUAAUGUUUAGGUAAAUAUUUAACUUGUGUGUAAAUGUUUUACCUUUUAUUGAGUGCAAGACAUAUAUAGUAUGUCUUUCACUAUAGAACCGUAUCAUUGUAAAAUUACCCUAAUAGUAUAUUUUCCAGUUUUGAUCUUGCCUCUAGUUUUAAAAUGUCUCUGGAGUUGUUUUAAUUAAUUUAAAGUUUAUAAUAUAUAGUUUUCAUGUUUUAUUGUUAAUUAUAUUUAUGUUGUUUCUGAGGAACUCUUAAUGAAUUUAAGACUCGUACGUCAAUUUGCACGUAGAUGAACUAUGUAUUUCUCAAAUUUGGACAUCACUGAAGAAAACUUCUUUUAAGAUUGCACUAUUGUUUUUCUAAUGGCAGCCAUUUUGUUUUACAUACAGAUUGUAAAUUUCAAAAUAAAAUUUCAAUCUUGUU